AAUCUUGCAGAAAGAAGCCAGGUAUUCGGAAGGUAAAAGAUAGCAGAGAUUCUCAAACAUGCGAGUUUUCUGUGUGGGACUGCUCCUUUUCAGCGUGACCUGGGCAGCACCAACAUUUCGACCACAGACUGAGAAAACUGAGCAAAGCUGUGUGGAAGAGCAGAGGAUAACAUACAAGGGUCACCAUGAGAAACAAGGGUUUUAUGUUUUUAAGUAUGUUUACAUGUCACCUGGGAAGGAAAAUCAAACUGACAGUAAAGGCUCCUCGAGCCACUCUACGACAGAACUCUGGUCCCAGAAUCUUCCUGAUCCCCAUCCCAUGCCUUGGCCCACAUCUCGCUCUGCUUCAGGACCUGCAGCUGCAGCAGGAAGAAAAAAACGAAGACAAUAUCGGUUUUCACCAUUUGGGCAAGAGAAGAAAUCAAGAGCUGUCAUCUAAAGAAAAUAUUGUCCAGAAAAGAGAAAAAGAUUUGUCCCUUUCUGAAGCCAGGGAGAAUAACCAAAGUAGUAAAUCCCAAAAUCAUUUCACAAAUAGACAGAGACCGAAUGAAGAUUAUAGUAUCAGUAACAAAGAGAAUGUCUACGAUGGCCUGAAGAUGUCAGUUUAUUCUGAGUCAACUGGGAAUAAAGGGUUUGAAGAUGGAGUUGACGCUAUCAGCAAACUACAUGACCAAGAAGAAUAUGGCGCAGCUCUCAUCAGAAAUGACAUGCAACAUAUAAUGGGGCCAGUGACCGUGAUGAAACUUCUGGAGGAAGAAAACAAAGAGAACAAACCUAGGAAUGUUCUAAACAAAAUUCCUGCAAGAAUAAACUAUGCUAAAGCACACUUGAAGGAUAAAAAGAAGCCUCAAGGAGAUUCCCAAGCCCAGAAAGGCCUAGUAAAAAGCAAAAGCACCCACCACAUUCAACACAACAUUGACUACUUAAAACACCUCCCAAAGGUCAAAAAAAUUCCCAGUGAUUUUGAAGGCAGUGGUUAUACAGAUCUUCAAGCAAGAGGGGACAAUGACGUAUCUCCUUUCAGUGGGGACGGCCAACCUUUUAAGGACAUUCCUGGUAAAGGAGAAGCUACUGGUCCUGACCUAGAAGGCACAGAUCUUCAGACAGGGUUUGCAGGCCCAAGUGAAGCUGAGAGUACUCAUCUUGACACAAGAGAACCAGGUUAUAAUGAAAUCCCAGAGAGAGAAAAAAAUGGCAAACAUACCAUUGGAAGCAGGGAUGAAACUGUGAAAGAGGCAAGUGGUGUUGAUGUCAGCCUUGUAGAGGGCAGCAACGAUAUCAUGGGUAGUACCAAUUUUAAGAAACUCCCUGGAAGAGAAGGAAACAGAGUGGAUGCUGGAAGCCAAAAUGCUCACCAAGGGAAAGUGGAAUUUCAUUACCCUCCUGCGCCCUCAAAAGAGAAGAGAAAAGAAGGCAGUGGUGAUGCAGCUGAAAGUACCAAUUAUAAUGAAAUUCCUAAAAAUGGCAAAGGCGGUGCCAGAAAGGGUGUAGAUCAUUCUAAUAGGAACCAAGCAACCCUAAAUGAAAAACAAAGUUUUCCUAGUAAGGGCAAAAGUCAGGACCUGCCCAUUCCUUCUCGUGGUCUUGAUAAUGAAAUUAAAACCAAAAUGAAUUCCCUUAAUGGCCCCAGUAAUGAGAAUAUAAUAACACACAGCAGAAAAUAUCAUUAUGUACCCCAUAGGCAAAAUAAUUCUAUGGGGAGUAAGGGUACAUCACAAAGGAAAGGCUCCUGGGGUAGACAACCCCAUUCCAACAGGAGGUUUAGUUCCCCUAGAAGAGACGAGAGCAGUGAUUCAUCUGACAGCAGCAGUUCAAGUGAGAGCAGUGGUGACUAGUGCACCAGGAGUUCCCAGCAGGGUGACGCUCUGAAGCCCUCGCCACCUGUGAGUUGACGUAGAGGAGAGCUAUCUGACAGCUGACCAGAUGAAGAGAGGACAGAGUGAAGAACUGAGUGAGCCAAGAAUCCUUGUUUCCUUGGGGGAAUUUUUGCUAUUUUAAUAGUCAUGACAUAAAAUUCUAUUAAAGUUAUAACAUUUUUAAGAAAAAUAUUACAGAUUUGUGAAAUAGGUAACAUUUGAGUAGAUAUCAUUUAAAAAUAAUUUGUGAAUGUCACAAAUGCCUUCAUGUUGUUUGCUCUGUAGACAUGAAAAUAAACAAUAUCUCUCUAUGAUCAUUUGUAUUAAGCGAUCUAUAAGAAA